AAAGUUCAGGUGCAGCCAAGCUCUCCAGUCGAGUCAAUGUGAGCCGGUCACCAUUUUUGGAAUUGGUGGUGCCUUUUGCCCUUAGAGCACCCCCUGUGUGGAGGGCUGCAUGAAUGGAGCGGUGGCGGCAUGCAGGAGCGGAGAGAGAGAGUGACUAGCCCCCCUUUGGAUGACACACUCUCCUCCUCCUUUUUCUCUACGCAUGGAUCAAGACGGCAUCAUAUGGAUGCCCCUCAAGAAGUGAUCGCUUCCCCCGUGAAAUAGAAAACAUUAGGAAGGAAUAACAAAGGACUGACUUUCCAUGGAGUGCGCAGAGCUGCAAGUUGACUGCAUUUGGACUAAAAAAAUGAAGCAGAACCUGGAUUGUUUGCGAGCCAGGAUGUCAUCCUUCUACUAAACUAUUUUAUUGAUUACAUGGAUAUUCCACCCAGGGAUUUUCAAACUUCAAGGUAAAUCUCUACUAUUGGAACGCACCAAAAAAAAAAGGGCAAAAAUGAUGACAAAGGAUUAUAGCCACAUGUCAUUUUAAAGUGAACACUUUGAUGCUUUCAGUCUAAUUUUGUCGUCUUUUACUAAAUACAUGAAAGAAAUAAUAGGCAGCUGAAGGGUUUCGAUCCAGGCACCAAUAUAGUCAAGUGGAAACGCCUGGAGUACCAUUAAAACAAAUCAGAUAAACGCAGUGCCAAGCUUGUCAAUAGCAGCUAUUGAUGAGGUGCUAUAUAAGGCUAAUGACCAGCCCCAGCAGCUGUACUCGUCGCGGCGCAGCGGAAAUGUGGUGUGAAACUUUUCCAGAUGCCGAGUCUUUCAAACGCAGCAUUUUGGAUGAUUAAGACCCGGUCUGACGAGUGAGAUUCUGCAAUAUGAGCACCAAAAGCCAUGAUGGUGGCUCUGAGAAGGCGCCAACUUGGGACCCAGAUUGCAAGAGGACCGACGUGGAAACAGCUGACCUUCCUGUCCUGAAAUUGACGAGAGGCGCAGCUGCGGCAGGCAGAGGGAUGUGAUGGGGUGACGGCUCACAACCUCCCCCGACACAUCCCUAAAACCCACCCGCCCUACCCCCUUCAAUUUUUUCUGACUCAAGCGUAGCCUCAAAACAAUGGAUCACAAUUUCUCAGCGGUGCUAGAUGGCAAACUGUUGCUAUCAGAGCGCGACUCGUCCAGACGGGUGCUGACGGGAUGCUUCCUUUCCCUCCUCAUCUUCACUACGCUGCUGGGCAACACGCUGGUGUGCGCCGCCGUCGCCAAGUUCCGUCACCUGAGGUCCAAAGUCACCAACUUCUUUGUCAUCUCGCUAGCCAUCUCCGACCUCUUGGUGGCCAUCUUGGUGAUGCCGUGGAAGGCGGCAACGGAAAUCAUGGGCUUUUGGCCCUUUGGCGCCUUCUGCAACGUGUGGGUAGCGUUCGACAUCAUGUGCUCCACCGCCUCCAUCUUGAACCUGUGUGUGAUUAGCGUGGACCGCUACUGGGCCAUCUCGAGCCCCUUCCGUUACGAACGCAAGAUGACCCCCAAAGUGGCCUGUCUGAUGAUUAGCGUGGCGUGGACCUUGUCAGUGCUCAUCUCCUUCAUCCCCGUUCAGCUGAACUGGCACAAAGCUCAUACCACCAGUUACGCCGAGCUAAACUUGUCGUACCCUGGCGAUCUGCCUCCUGAUAACUGUGACUCCCGCCUUAACAGGAGCUAUGCCAUCUCCUCAUCCGUCAUCAGCUUCUACAUCCCCGUGGCCAUAAUGAUUGUCACGUACACCCGAAUCUACCGCAUUGCCCAAAAACAGAUACGGAGAAUAUCUGCCCUGGAGCGGGCAGCGGAGAGUGCCAAAAACCGCCACAGCAGCAUGGGGAACACAUCCAACAUAGAGAGCGAGAGCUCGUUCAAAAUGUCGUUCAAGCGAGAAACCAAAGUCUUAAAGACACUCUCUGUCAUCAUGGGGGUGUUUGUGUGCUGCUGGUUGCCCUUCUUCAUCCUCAACUGCAUGGUUCCUUUAUGUGAUCCCAACCUACUCAACCACGCCGCUGGUUUCCCGUGCAUCAGCCACACCACCUUCGACGUGUUUGUGUGGUUCGGCUGGGCCAACUCCUCGCUCAACCCCAUCAUCUAUGCCUUCAAUGCAGACUUCCGCAAGGCCUUUUCCACCCUGCUGGGAUGCCACCGCCUCUGCCCGGGAAGCAACACCAUCGAGAUCCUCAGCAUCAACAACGCCAGAGUGUCUCUUUCCAACCCCAACUGUCAGUACCAGCCCAAAGGCCACAUCCCGAAGGAGGGCAACAACUCGGCGAGCUGUGUGAUUCCUCACAGCAUCCUGUGUCAGGAGGAGGAGUUACACAAACUGGACAGAGGAGAACCGGGGGACGACAUGCUGGAGGUAUGUGUGGAAAACAACUCCUUGGACAAACUGUGCCCGGCCAUCUCGGGGAAUUUAGACAGCGAUACGGACAUCACGCUGGAAAAAAUCAAUCCCAUAACACAGAACGGACAGCACAAAGCUGCGUCCUGUUGAGACACUCCACAAACAUGCCUCACUGAGACAUCGGUACCUUAGUAUUGUCGACGCCAAUCUACAAGGAAAAACCUUCUGAAUGUUUCCAAGUAAAGGCACUUUAUCCUGCUUAAACUAACUGCAAAAUUAAAUUAUGUGGUGUGGAAACUUGUACACAUUUGUAUUCUGUACAGUAGUCCCAAUAGGCUUUUAAUGGUAAAUAGUGCAGAGGACAAUGUAGAAAAAAAACAUUAGCAAAUUGUGUGAGUCGGUACAGGUGUGUGCGUUUCAUGGCUGGGGGUUGGGUCGGGGGUGUUGAAAAUGGGUAACUGAGUUUAAAAUAUUUUAAGUACAGUUUUCAUACGGCAGUUUUUAGUAAACAUGUCUACAGCUAGUUUGGGGAAGCAGCCAUAUUUGGUUCAUUCCACAAAGCCAUCAAGGCUUAAUGGAAGUCCUCUAAUGUACACCAAAAUAUGUCAAUUGUGGGAUUUACCAGUAUUCAUCAGCCCCUUUCACACAGCUGUGUAAAAUGCACCGGCACUGAAUGAGGAGAACUCUGUAGUUUUCUGGCUUCUAAAGGCUGUAUCAGUGUCAUAACAGAGGCAAGAUGGUGCCUUUGUGAAAGGGUGGCACUUAUUCUGCCCUGUUGGCCAUGGUUGUUACGCAUCUAAUUAUGGCAAUAUCCUGCUUUGCUGGGUUGUGUUACGGCUAUGAUUGUGUGAAAGAGGCUAAUGAGUGGGCUACCAAGGGUCCAUUUUACUGUUGUGUUUAUCCCUUGAUCCCUAUUGUUUACUUCCUUUCCAGCCUCUUGUGUUUACUUUCUUUCAUUCCCAAAAUAUAAGUGGCUUUUGUAUUUGUUUUGUGCCCCGCCCCCUCCACUCACUUUACUAUUCUGUCUUGUUUUUGCACAGUCCUCGAUGUAAGAUGAAUGUAAGUCUAGAUGUAAAUAAAUAAUUAUAAGUAGGAAGCGGGUGCGCUCAACCUUAAUGAAAGUGACACUGACUGUCCUUUCGCUAACUUGUAAAUACCCGAUUUCCUAAAUUGCUCACGCCGGGAGCCAUGCUGCGCCGUGCUGCGCCGUGCUGUGCUGUGCUCCAGCGGCCAUGUCGGAGGCGUGUAGGGAGAUGACAGUCGCCCGCAAAGAAAGGUGUGAUGAAAAUGUUGAAUUAACAGCUCAAAAUAUUGCGUUGACUGUCUUAAUUGAAUACAACGGCCCUAUUUGGAUUUUUUUUUUAAAAAAGCAUUGUAAUAUAACAAUUCGGGGUUGGUAAAUCGAUACCAUACAUGUAUGAAGACGUUCUAAAAAGUCCUGAUUAAUUGGAAUCAAACUGGAUGUGAGAACAAAUUUAUUUGGCGGAAAAAUAUAUAUUUUUAUGUAUUUUUGAGUCAUUAAUAUGUCGGGUGCCCAAAGUUUUUCACAUGACUGUAUGUUGUUGUGUUAGCUAAACCCAUGGUGGCACUGUUAUUAUACUCUUGAGUUUGAACACAGCUAAAUGUGCUUCACAAAACACCCGUUGUAACUUGAGGGUUUUUUAUUAAUUUAAUACAUUUUGAAUUAUUAGAUUGGUUGACAAACAUCAAGUGACUAAUCUUUGGACUUGGCAACUAAUCGGCCACACUGCAAGUAAAGCUGCAACUAUCGAUUAUUUAAAUAGGAGUAAAAGUAAAAUAAUAUUUAUGCCGCACUGUUAGGGAUAUUUAGCUGCAAUUAUUUACCUAAAGGAAUACAAGUGUUGAACAUGAACAUUCCCGGCGGUAUACAAAUUAGAAUUUUGUUAAGCGACUCGUCGACAAUAACACAUCUUUCACAGUUAAUUUUAAUUAUGUCGAUUAAUCGUUGCAGCCCUAUUUGUAAGUCGCUGAUCAUAAUAUUAGUUAUGCUACCAUGUCUUCCAAAGCAUUUUGACUACAACCCACAGGGGGCGCCACCAAUGUUAUGUACAGUCGUGAACAAAUGUUAGGAUGUGACUUUUUUUUUUUCACAUUCAAGAUUUAAAUGUAAAAUACCAAUUCUUGUUAUGUCUGCUCUCUUACAAAUGCUUCUGAUUAAAAAAAAAAAAUCCACAUAUUUACUGAUUUACUUACGCCGGAGGUUUUCUAAACAUAAGGUGGGCUUCUGACUUUAGAGAAGUUGCUCGACAAAAAAAUAAAAAAAAACUUUAAUGAUGUCAAAAUUUUUAUAAUUUUUUUGGUGAGGUCCACAAAAUCGGUUUUGGAAGCCGAGGGAGGCUCAUUGUGCCACACUUUGAAAACCUCUGAUAUAUGCUCUGACAGCGCCUCUGGAGGAGCAAUGCAGUACUGUAAAAAGGUCACUGACUGGUUACUAAGAUGACCGUUGAGUUUAAGGGACGCAGACUAAAAUAAAAACUUGACCAAACACAAAACCAAUGUUAAAUUUUGUUUUAAGUUUUUUCCAAACAAGUUAGUUCAGGUCAUGUGUUUUCAAACUGUUGCACAUCAAGGGAAGAGAGAGAGACAGAGCAAGACCAUCCAAUAGCAAAGCAAUUGGUCUUGAACGCCACAUUUGAUUUUCCCAUGCUGGAAAAUCCAAUGCUGUCUAUAUGGCGACACGAUAACAAAAAAAAAAACGGGGUGGCAGCUUUUAGCUCAAUAUGUGGCUUGGCUUGUGACACAAGCAAGCUCAUUGUCCCCCUGUCACGCUGUUGCUCUAUUAGUUCAGCAGCCAUUAGUCCUGCAGUCAAUUUAACUUCAUUUCAAACAUCCCAACUGCUGAAAUACCCUUUGAGUGCCACUGUUGGUCUCCCAAAACACAACAGGAAGUAAUAACGUGCUGUGUUGUGCAGCUAGUCAGUCAGGACUGGGCAAGGAUGCAUGGGAACCGUUCGCCUCGGAGAAAGUUCAAACCUCCUCCUCUCUCUUUUCUUUUGGCUCAUUCUGUCGACUUGAUUAGCAUUCCAGAUGUUAACACGGAUUAAAUUUAUUAUUAAACAGACAGGGCCUACUGUUUCCCUUCUGUACUUUUGAGUCACGGCACUGAAUCAAAGCUGGCUGCAAAUAUUCUGAGAGGAACUCUCGUUGCUAGGAUUUUUUUUAAUGCUGUUUUUAAGAAAAACUGUGAAGGAGGAAAUAUCGUGAGGUGUGGUGGUAAAAUGAUAACUAAAAAAUGGACCACUAAUACAUACAGGACUGUCUCAGAAAAUUUGAAUAUUGUGAUAAAGUUCUUUAUUUUCUGUAAUGCAAUUAAAAAAACAAAAAUGUCAUACAUUCUGGAUUCAUUACACAUCAACUGAAAUAUUGCAAGCCUUUUAUAUUUUGAUAUUGCUGAUUAUGGCAUACUGCUUAAGAAAACUCAAAAAUCCCAUCUCCAAAAAAUUGAAUAUUUCCUCAGACCAAGUAAAAAAAUAUUUAUAACAGCAAAACAAAAUCAAACAUUUGAAAAUGUCAACUAAUGCACUCAGUACUUGGUUGGGAGUCCUUUUGCACGGAUUACUGCAUCAAUCCGGUGUGGCAUGGAGGCAAUCAGCCUGUGGCAUUGCUGAGGUGUUAUGGAUGCCCAGGAUGCUUCAAUAGCAGCCUUUAGCUCAUUUGCAUUAUUGGGUCUGGUGUCUUUUAGCUUCUUCUUCACAAUACCCCACAAAUGAUCUUUGGGGUUCAGGUCAGGGGAGUUGGCAGGCCAAUCGAGGACAGUAAUGCCAUGGUCAGUACACCAGUUACUGGUGGUUUUGGCACUGUGGGCAGGUGCCAGAUCAUGUUGGAAAAUGAAAAUUUUCUUAAGCUGUAUGCCAUAAUCAGCAAUAUUAAAAU